UCUACGAUGACUACCACUACAACUUCUCAACCACCAGUAAUCGGUCCUUUUGAUUGUCCUGAACCAUAUGGCCUCUUCAGAGACCCAUAUAACUGUGAGAGAUUCUACCACUGUUCACAUGGUAUUCCUUACCGAAAAUGGUGCCCUGCUAACCUUCAUUUUAAUGAACACCUUAAAGUCUGUGAUUGGCCAGGGAAUGCUUGCUGUGAGAAAAACAAGCCCUGUCCAAAACCGACUCCCGAGCCCACACAACCCGACAAAGGAUGUGACUGUGAAUGCUGUUUCUUCCCCGAUGAGAAAGAUUGUGCAGCUUACACGUAUUGCGAGAAAGGAGUUCUUUACAGAAGACGAUGCACAGACGGGCUUUAUUUUAACCCUAAAAUAGCAAAUUGUGACCAUAAAAGCAAUGUCCAAUGUGAGCUUGAUCCAAAGUGUCCACAGCCCAAUGGAAAGUUCCCAAUUCCUGGUACCUCUGUCUAUUACAUUCUUUGUAUUAACAACAUUGCCAGGAGAGAAAAAUGUCCAGAGGGACUUCAAUUUGAUCCUGUCACCAUGUGCUGCACUUGGCCUGACACGUGUAACAAAACAGUUACUGGACUUAAGCCUUACCUACCCAAGAACGAAUGUCCGUGUGAUUGUUGUGCCAUCCCUGAUCCCAAAGAUUGCACCAAGUUCAUCCUCUGUAUCAACGGUAAUGCCAUUAAACAAACCUGUGCUGAUGGACUUCGCUUUAACCCGAAAAUAGAAAACUGUGACUAUGCCAGAAACGUGGACUGCGACCCUCCUUGCGACAAAGACUGUGAUGAGAAACCAACUCAACCUCCUGGUAUUCAUUGCAAAAAACCGUCAGGUCUCUUCCCUCAUCCUGAUAAAUGUAACCUGUUUAUUCACUGCUCCCACGGUAUCCCUCACGUCAAAAAUUGUCCAAGUAUUCUUCACUUUAACCCCAACCUUAGAGUUUGUGAUUGGCCAUGGAACGCUGGCAGCAGUCACAGAUACUGCAGUCUGGCCAGGGCUGUGGAUCUGGUGGGAUUGGUUUGGAUGGAUCUCCUAGAAAAGACAAAUAUCAGUUUCACUUGUAAUGUAAAAUACGAUAAACUAAAUUUGUUUAUAUGCAUCAAGCCUACCCUAACUCCCACUACAAAACCUGGUGAUUGUGACUGUGACGGCUGCUUCACACCUGACCCCACAGACUGUGCUUCUUACUAUCGUUGUAUAGAUGGAAUACGUGUUAAAUACACGUGUUCUCCUGGCUUAUACUUCAACAGACACACCAAGAAAUGUGAUUACAAAGAUAAUGUCAGUUGUUACAACUUUAAGUGUCCGAGCAGAAACGGGAUGUUUAAGAACAAAAACGACUGUGGAAUGUUCUGGCAUUGUUCCAACUAUAUUCCAUACCUGAAGGAGUGUCCGUCCAACCUACACUGGAGUGUGGAGAGACAAAGAUGUGAAUGGCCUUGUAUCGCCAAGUGUGAUCCUUCUGUUCCAAGAACAUUAUACUCACGUGGAACAGAUGGAUCACAUUUGGCAAAACACGGCCAAUCGCAUCUCUUUGUCUUUUCAUUCCAGUGUAAUUUAGGAUUACAGUCCUUAAGAUUUGUUGUUCCAUUCUUUACAUGUACAUACAUUACUAUAUUUAUAUCUAGUGACGACGGUUGUGGGAAAUGGAUUAGAGACCCAGUCUGUACCACUUUAGACGGUCUCUUUUCUAAGAAAGACGACUGUACCAAGUUCUACCACUGUACUAAUGGUAUCGCCUAUCUGAAGGAUUGUCCUGCAUCUCUCUACUUUAACCCUCUUCUCAAAGUCUGUGAUUGGCCAAGAAACGUCCAUAAUUGUGGAGUUGACCCAGGUAAAGCUCACUAA